UUAACACGCCACAUGUCGUAUUCCUAAUGACAGCGUUUUCCAUAUAAAGACGGAUAGAUCUCGUGGUCGACUCCACAUGGUUACCUAGCUACCCAGCUAGCUACCUAGCAACCAUGCUAGGUUGCAUUAGCAUACAGGCUAACUGCUGCUAGAGGAUCAUUUUACAGGCUCCUGCUAAUCUCCCAAAUGUGGCCUCUGUUGCAAACCACACGUUGUAGUUCAGUCUUUCUUGUGGUUACCAUUUUAUAUUGUAAUCUAUUAACGUUAUAUAUCAAAGAGUCUGACUAAACUGGGCCUUUUAAGCCACCACCAACCUACUGAGACCUUACUGCCAGGACACCAGGACAGAUCACUGCAGCUAGUUAAGGUUAAUGGUAACCUAGCUGAAUGCAUGUCACUGAGCUAACUGUAACCCAGUCUGUUACAGACUCAGAGUAUGGGCAGUGUGUUGGCUGCCGCCUCCCCCAGUCCUGCCCCAGCUGCAGCUGGAGGUAGUCAAGGGGUCCCAGGGUUGGUGUCCGUCCCUCCAGGGUUCACCAUGCCCCCAGUGUCUUCCGUCCCUCCAACAUCUGGAUCUGGCCAGCAGACAGCAGAUGGAGACUCCCCUCUCCCAAACCCAGGCACAUAUGAGGAGUGCCACCGCAAAUGUAAAGAGGUGUUCCCUCUGCAGAUGGAAGGGGUGCGGUUAGUGGUCAACAAGGGCCUGAGUAACCACUUCCAGGUCAGCCAUACUGUUACCCUCAGUACCCUUGGUGAUUCUGGUUAUCGGUUUGGUUCCACCUACGUAGGCACUAAACAGACCGGACCAGCAGAGUCAUUCCCAGUCAUUGUUGGAGAUAUGGACAAUACUGGUAGUCUGAAUUCCCAGAUCAUCCACCAGCUCACAUCUUCUGUGCGCUCCAAAAUAGCCAUCCAGACUCAGCAGCAAAAGUUUGUGAACUGGCAGUGUGACAUGGAGUGGCGCGGUGAAGACUUCACCUCUGCUGUGACGCUCGGAAAUCCAGACGUACUUGUUGGAUCAGGCAUUUUGGUGGGCCACUAUCUCCAGUCUAUCACACCAGCUCUGGCUCUGGGUGGUGAGAUAGUGUACCACAGGAGACCAGGGGAGGAAGGAGCAGUCACCUCCCUCUUGGGAAGGUACACAGGGGACAACUAUGUCGCUACACUGACUUUGGGAGGGGCAGGAGCCCAUGCUACAUACUAUCACAAAGCCAAUGAUCAGUUGCAGAUAGGAGUUGAGUUUGAAGCUAGCACAAGGAUGCAAGAAACCUCAGCAUCCUUUGGUUACCAGUUGGACGUUCCCAAAGCUAACUUGCUCUUCAAAGGCACAGUUGACAGUAACUGGGUGGUUGGGGCAACCCUUGAAAAGAAACUGCUGCCGCUGCCUCUCACACUGGCCCUCGGGGCUUUCCUCAACCACCGCAAGAACAAGUUCCAAUGUGGCUUCGGUGUCACCAUUGGCUAGAGGUGUGGGGGAUGUCUGGAGCCAGCUCGCAGGCCACAGCUUGGACCGGCACAGAGACACACAGGAACCUGGACAAAGUUUUAGAAAUUUGAUUCAGAGACUCUCUUACAACUGUGACUUCUGGGACAGACAGAGAGACAGACAAAUACCAAGGAGCCAGGACUGGCCAAGCCAUGCCUACAUUCUGUAGCACAAAUGUCUUUCCUUUAUGGUGUAUUGGAUAUACCCAGAGGCUAGAGAGCUGUAUAUCAGAGGGCAUCAGUGAUGCAUGAGAACAUGUGAUGUGAAAAUCAAAGUAAGUGGUUAGACAUAAUAUAUGGUGAUCAUGUAUGAUGAUUAAAAUAAAUGUGAUUAAUUUUUGUAAAA